AGCAGCUUUCAGUGCUUCACAGUGAAGGGAAAAAAGCCUAGACAAACAUUUUGUCAGAACCUUGCUAUGAGACAAGGUAUUACCAGUAAAUUGGUUGUAUAUACAAUAAAAUUGCACCCUUUUUUAAACAAAACAAACUAAGCAAUAGUUUGGGCAGUUAGUUGUUUUUAGUGAGCAUGUUGUAGUCAUGGCUGCAAAGAGAGAGAAUUAAACUGCCCACUCAGAAGAUAUGUAAUUUGUAUGUUGUAUAGUUUUAUUGAUUACACUGAUUUAUUCUACCCUAUUUUAUAAUGCAGGACUUUUGUAAUGUUGUUUAAAUGAGGAAAAAUUUCUGUCAAAUUAGCUUAGUGGAAUUUCUGAUUGUUCGUUAUAAAGGCAGCGUUCAUAGAAUUGCUUUUUUUUUUUUCCUUUGGGAACUGGAUUUAAGUUAAAAACUUUCCCGUUUCCUUUUUGUAUGUAUUUAAAUACAGUUAUUUUUCUUCUCUCAAUGGUAUAGCAUAUUCCUAUGCUUGAGAAGUAUAGGCUACUGAAGAACCAUUGUAAAUGGACAUUACAGGUAUGCUGUAUUUUUGAAGGUAUUUUUGUCAUAUUAAGUUUGAUGACGCUAAAGUUAGGGAACUCUGAGCAGAAUUGCGAGAAAACAGACAAACAAACAAACAAAAACAAACAACACACAAAUGUUUUAAAGGCUUUAAAACAUGAGGUAGGCGGUCGAGGGUGUUCACCAACAGGGGUUGUAAAGUAUUACACACUAAAUUGAAUUUUCCUUCACCUUUACUCUCCCGGCAGAGAACAAGCAGUGUUUGGGGAGCGGGGGCAGGACUGACGGUCCCGCUCCCCUCCCGGUCGCUCCGCUCAUUUCUUCUGGGUUUGUUUGCUUUUCAUAGAGUCACGCGAACAACUCUUCCCCCCCGUUUCCUUCUCUCCGGCCCCCGUCAGACGCACAAAAUCCUCUGCCCUGCGCCCACCCCCCCCAAAUUUAAAGCCCGAGACGUGGCUUAGCAUGAAUUGACUUCUCCUCAAGUUAAUUCCUCUCCUUUUUGCCUCUUUUUUAAAAAAAUGUGAGCGAGGGCACUUGCUUUUAUCAUGCCGCACACCCCAGCGAUGCCAUUAUCAUUAUUUAUUCUUCUUCCUUUAUAAUAAAACAACUUUGGGGCUUCGAGUGUAGGCAGCCAUGGUACACUUUGUCUCUGUUGCUUGUUCCCCCUCCCCUUAAGGUCGAAGGGGAAAAGAAACACCGAGUUUCUCUCAACUCCGCAGUAUUCAGUCAGCCCACAGGAAUAUGCAAAAUCCCUCUAACAUUUUUUUUCUUUCUCUAGUUCUCUUUGUUCCUUCCGUAUAUCUGCAGCUUUGUAGUAACAGUGUUAUGAAAUAUUUACUGUACAAAAAUACAAGAAAACCCAGAUACAUAGCCUAAAACAGUUUUUUUUCCUUGUGGUGAAUUUUUUUCAGGCUGUCAGUUAAUAUUGUACUUUGCAUUGUGUCUCUGGAAAUAUCUUUUUUUUUUUUUUUUUGGUAGAAGGCCUCCAUCGAACAAAAUUUAAAACCAUAACCGGCAUGACAAUGUAAGGAGAGCUUCAAUGGCACCUAAACAAUAAAUAAACAGCAAAAUCAACCUCAUGAGGUCUGUCGGAGGCAGGUCUUGUGAAGUUAACACUGCCUGCUAGGCAGGAUUUUCAUUAAAUCAAGCUUACAAUGCCAAUUUUGUCUUGAAGUCAAUGCAUGUAUUACUGUUUGACAGUAAACCCAGCUAUGCCAUCAUCAAGUCCAAGGCUGCGCAAUAGUCUAAUUAGUAUCGAGUACAUUUUCCUUUUAUUUUUUCCAAUAAAAAAGCAGUGGGAUGAAAAUUGCUUUGAUAUAUAGCAGGUAACAUUGAAGCUAUUCCAUAGCACUUAACUGUAGUGAAUACUGUGUCACCAAUUCUGAAAUCAAUUUAAUGUUUAAUGCAAAUCCAUUACAUGGUGCUAUUACAGGCUGGCAAAAUGAUUUACAAAAAUGUGACAACUUGGGCUCAAUUCACUCUGCUUUCCAACAAUGUAAAUGCAUAGCAGUGUUUAUCUGCAUGGAAACUAUGCACUAAUCUAUCUGAAAAAAAAAAAAAAAGAAAAGAAUAUAUCAACUUUGGUAUCUACUUUCCGUUUACUUCGAUCCUUGCCUUUUCGGUCAUUGUUAUAAUGCCAGCUUUAGGACAGAAAGAAUUAUAAGAAAACCAGCAUAAUACCUGAUAUAUUAAAAUGUAGUGCCUGUGAAAUCUGUAUUAUAUUGCUCUUCUGAAGUAAGAUUUUUUCUACACCGGUAGCCUUCGCUGUCUGUCAGAACCUUCUGAUAUAGGUGAUGUAAAAUAACCGUACAAUAUUAAUGCAUGCUAUUCCAUAAUGCUUAGUAGCUGUAUGAAUAUUACUCAAAGUUAUGUUAGUCUUUUUUUCUGACUCGGUUCUUGUCAGAUAGGUUUAAAGAUAUUUCACUGAGAACGCAAAUUCUGUCUUUUCUUGAUUUGGGGUGUUUUCAGUAUUUUGGAGGUAUACAUUUACUUAAAUUCAGUAUUACUUGUGUUUUGGGUUUUUUUUCUUUUUUUUUUUUUCUUUUUUUUUUUUUUCCUUUUUUUUUAAUUUUUCCUAGAGGGCAGGACAUGGUGUUUGAGACCAGAAAUCCGUGCCUGGUAAAAUUAUCGUCUCGAAAAGAUACCCUAAGAAUUCAGAGAGCUUGCUCUGAAGAACAAGUCACAUCGAUUUCAAAUUUAAGGGACAGCCCUUUAAAUCCACAAACGGUGGAGAGAUUUGUUAUCGGGCAGCGGUUAACCAGGUACCCAUGCUUGACCCUUCUUCACACCAGACUUCCUCAUAUAGAAAGAAAAAAACCCUUUUAAAAAAAAAAAAAAAAGAAAAAAAGAAAAAAAAAACCUCAUGUGGUUGUUUAGUUUCAUGCACAGUUGCAAUAUUUUUCUUCAGACGAACUCUGUACAAACUUUGGGCCCGAUUCAUAAAAGCUGCGUUGCUAUUAACACGGGCGGCUGGUGGGCUUUGCUCCUCCAAAUGGAGGGUGGGUUUCGGUCGGAGCGCAGGCCGGGGCUGCUCCCCUGGGGUCCCUCUCCCCCCCCCGGCCCUUUCUGUCCCCCCAGAUCCCAGCGGGGACCCGGGACGGGUGGGACGGGGCACAAGGACGAUGCUCCUCACCCCGAGGAAAAGGGGAGCCAGGGGGUUGUGACACGGUGGGAUGGGGCGACUCGGUUACAAACGAGAUCUUGUCCCUACCUGAAAAAAACAUAACGCUUGGUCACUACCUCUGAGCUCUGGAGGAAACCUGGGUAGAGGCGAACGCUCGCAGACAAUGUGAACUUUUGUACUUUUUGUGCUUUUUUUUUUUUAGGGAAGACUAUUUUCCACUUAGUUAAUCUUCUAUACUCGAGCAUGAACAAAAACAAUUGUGCGGGGUGAAAUCCCCUGCCCCUUUUAUCUGCAUCCACAAAUUAAUAUGAGGGGGGGGAAAAAAAAACAACAACAAAAAACCCCAACACAACAAAAAGAUGCGUUUGCAGGCAGAGCAUGGCAGGAAGCGCCUGUUCACGCUGCUGGCGCCCGUGCCCGGCCGCACCGCCGCCUUGGGAAACGGCCUGCGAAAUUCUUUGCUUUGGCAACACAACCGAGGAGAAACGUCCCUCCUGGGCGGCUUUGCGGUUCCGCCGCCCGGCCGAGUGCUGCCCCGGCCCCGGCCCGCUGCCCCGACCGGCCCGGCCACGUCCCGCCGCCUCAAUUGGGAAUUCGGGGCGCUAAAAAUUUCCCCCGGCCGCGUGAAAGAGCCGCUGCAAAUUCACUUGACACCCGUGUUAAUACCAUGUCGUGUUCAUUUUUUUUUUUAUGAGUCAGGCCCCUCGUGCCUCUAGUAUACUUGUAUUGACUCUCAUAGUUACCAUUUUAGUUUUACUGUGUUCUGUGAAAAAAAAAAUUGUAAUUGGUUGAGAAUCACUGUGGGCAUCCAUUCUUAUUCAACUAAGUCUCCGCAGGUUUUUUGAGCUGGUGUGGAUUAGUUUAACUCUUGUAUUCAACCAUUAGUGCUACCACCUUCUCACAUUACAAUACAAUUACUGGAAGCAAGUACUGCAUUUCCUAUGCAACAAAAAAGGAAAAUAAAAAAUUGCUAAUGCUAA